AAUGUUGUCUUCAAACAGUUGAUGCAUUGCAUCCUCUUCCCACCUGAGAUUCUCUCUCUCUCUCCCGACGCCUGUCUUUCUUCACCUCUGCGAUUCAAGCAAUCUCCGUCGGAGAGAAGCCCUAAUCCGAUGCAAUUCCCUCCUUGAUCUCCAUCAAUGGUUUCGUAAUCUUUGCAACAGCCUCGCUGGGGCUUCCGAUUCGAGUUCUCCGAAAAUGCCGAGCGUGGCGGUGAAGCUCUACAGUGUCUUCUUCAAGUUCCUGUUGAAGCACCGUUUGCAGAACCGGAUCCAAUCCGCCGCCGGCGAAGACUCCUCGUCUGAUCCGUUCGGCGUCACGACCCGACCUGAUGAAACCGUCGCCGCUCCGAAUCCGUCCUUCACCGAUGGCGUCGCCACUAAGGACAUUCACAUCGAUCCCUUAACUUCUCUCUCCGUACGGAUCUUCUUACCGGAAUCCGCUCUCGCUCCCCCGGAGCCGGAUUCCUCCGGGAAGUCGCAAAAGUACCGCCCUAAUCAUCAUCGCCACCUCGCCGGAUCAGAUCUUCUCGCCAGAAGAAACAGCUACGGCUCGCCGCACAUUUCGUCCUCUGCGAAAGAGGAAUCGAGAAGGAACAGUUACGAUUGCACCACCGACGAGGCUCUUGGCGCGAGAUCCUCCGACGUGUACAGAGGAUACUCGCCGUCGGCGGCGGGGAACUCCCGGAGACUUCCCGUGAUGUUGCAAUUUCACGGCGGUGGAUGGGUGAGUGGGAGCAACGACUCCGUGGCAAAUGAUUUCUUCUGCAGAAGAAUGGCGAAGCUCUGCGACGUCAUUGUUUUGGCCAUCGGGUAUCGGCUUGCGCCGGAGAACCGGUACCCGGCGGCAUACGAGGACGGGCUCAAGGUGUUGAACUGGCUUGGGAAACAGGCGAAUUUGGCGGAGUGUAACAAGUCGAUUGGAAAUUCUCGGCGACUCGGAACGGAGGUGAAGAAAGUGGAGGCUCACAAGCAUAUAGUGGAUGCUUUCGGUGCAUCAAUGGUGGAGCCUUGGCUUGCAGCUCAUGGCGAUCCUUCGAGAUGUGUGCUUCUCGGGGUGAGUUGUGGUGCCAACAUAGCGGAUUAUGUAGCGCGCAAAGCUGUUGAAGCAGGCCGGCGUCUAGACCCUGUUAAGGUCGUGGCUCAAGUUCUGAUGUACCCGUUCUUCAUCGGGAGUGUCCCAACCCGAUCUGAGAUCAAACUCGCAAAUUCCUACUUCUACGACAAACCCAUGUGCAUUCUAGCGUGGAAGCUCUUCUUGCCUGAGGAAGAAUUCAGCCUGGACCACCCGGCCGCCAACCCACUCGUUCCUAAUCGAGGCCCACCGCUCAAACUGAUGCCACCAACCCUAACCAUAGUUGCGGAGCACGACUGGAUGAGGGACCGGGCCAUCGCCUACUCCGAGGAGCUGAGGAAGGUAAAUGUAGACGCUCCUGUGUUAGAGUACAAAGACGGGGUUCAUGAAUUUGCCACUCUGGACAUUCUUCUGAGAACGCCACAGGCUCAAGCCUGUGCAGAAGACAUCGCCAUCUGGGUCAAGAAGUACAUCUCAUUCCGUGGCCACGAGUUCUCGUACUAAAGCUAAUCCCGCAAAGGUACAAAGGGCAAAUGGCCUGACCAGAAAACCGACAAGGCACGAGAACAGAACAGAAGGGGUGGAUCAGGCAAAUCUGGUUUUCCGACAGGUUUCUCUUACUAGCUCCGGCAAAGGAGGAGGGCAAAAGGGGUAAUCGGAAAACCGGAAUUUUUCCGGCCGUUAAGGUCUUUGCUUGCCCGUUUUGUGCAGUUCUCUGUGGAAGCGGUUAAUGUUGUUCUGGUGAGAUGAAGUCUCUAGCCUGUUGUAUCAGGAGGAUUUUGAUUUUCUCUCUUCUUUUCUUCUUUCUUUUUUUGUGAAUUACUUGCCAAACUGUACUUUCUCCAUUUAUACACGGCUUAUGUUUUUUUUUUUUGUA